AUGAACAGUCUAGAAAUAUUGCAGGUAAUUCAAAUUUUACAAGUAGCCACGAUUGGUGUAUACGCGGCAGAUCAAAUUCCCAAAACCUGGACAAGACCGGCUGCAAUAGUGGUUACCACUGAUGACCACACACAGCUUGGUUCCCACUGGAUUGGAAUCCAUAUCGACGGAACCGGAAGAGGAACCUACUUUGACAGUUACGGGGUACCGCCUUUUAUUCCUCAACAUCUUCAUCGUCUACGCAGAAACUCCAGCCUCUACAGAUGGAACACCAAACAACUGCAGAGUACCUCUUCAGAUGUAUGCGGUCAGUUUUGUGUCAUGUUUCUUCCUCAUAUGUGUAAUGGUGAUACUUUACGUCAUUUCAUUGAUCCGGAUUCUAAACAAGGCGGUAGAUGUGUGCUCAAUACUAAAUAA